AUGCGUAUACGUGAUGAGAACUUUCUUGAAAACUUGCCCGCUUCUAACCUUCUGGUGGCUAUUGGUCGAAUCGCUCUCUUCUUUCAAAUGCUUACCGUCUUCCCGUUGCUUGUCUAUAUCAUUCGUGUUCAAAGCAUGCGAGCUCUGUUCGGUAAAAUCUAUCCAAGCUUUCUGCAUUGUUUUGUGCUGCAUGUGCUCCUGCUGGCAACCUGUAUUCUCUUCGCAAUGUUCGUCCCCAAUAUCGGUACGAUCGUCAGGUACGCAAAUCGCUCCUUUUAUCUAUCCAGUGCACUCAUGCUUUUAGAUAAUGGCUAA